AUGAUUGGAAGAACAGAGAAGACAGCAUCCCCUACGGUUCUAUUUAUAUCUGAGAACGAUCACUACCGGAAGGAGGCUCGGAAAGUCAUCAAGGAGAGUGGCAUACUUAAGCAGCACCCUGGAUUCAAGACUGCCCACAUAUCGAGAGAUCCCGGAUGGGGGGGACCGCUAGAACAGUUGGGGUUAUGCCAGGAAACAAAGGGGAGCAUCGAAAAUCCGACGGGCGGCCCAGAAACGCCAGUUUUCUACGAGUAUUCAAAACGCUUGCAUCCGACCAUGACCAUCUACGUCCGCCAUGGCUCGUCCACACGCGUCGCAACUGCGAAUGGCAUACGAUUACAUGGCCAUUUGUUUUACCUUGCACCCAGCCACGUCUUCUUCGACAGGCUCGAUAACUCGCAGACUUCCCAAGUGGACGAUGAUUUUGAGAUCGAUAGCGAAAGCGAAAGCGAAUAUGACGAUGCGGCAGAAGCUUCUAUUACAAGCAUGGGCAGUCAAAGCACAGAAGCUUUGUCUGAUCAAGAUGACUUAUCCGACGAUGAACUGCAUUCCAAAACGACCCUCGAUUCGCCCCAAUCAAGCAACAUCAUGGCCUCCUCCCCAGGGCCUAGGCGAUUGAGUAAAUCAUCAUUUGCCAAAGAGCAGAUCGCGCACCCUCCACGAGAAAUUACAACGCCGCCAUGGGCGUCCCUUAGACAGCUAGGCCUUCUAUUCGACUGGUGUGUAGACCAGGACUGGGCUCUUGUAAAAGUCAUUGAGGGCACAGAUCCAAAUAUUUCUGCAUUCCUCUCAUCAUUCGUAUUUAAUCCUCUUGAUCUUUCUGCAGCUCGAAUUGCAGUUCUCCCAAAGGAUGGCGCUAGAGUUAUUACACACACAGCCUCCGGCGGCCAAAUGACUGGCUCCAUACUUGGUAUGCCGUCGUACGCUCGUCUACCACGAGGCAAAUCGUUUCAAGAGGUAUUUGCAGUCCACCUCGAUGGACCUCUUGCGGACGGUGACUGUGGAUCGGCUAUUUUCGGAGCUGAUACUGGUGAACUCUUUGGUCAUAUAGUAGCAGGUUGUCGAAGCACCGGGUUCGCCUACGUAAUGGCUGCUCGCCACGUAUUUCCCAAGCUUGCGAAAUCUGCUCUACGCAUCAAGGACAUGGAAAGACGCCAUGAACGCUGUCUAAUAUCAUCCGACGACGAUGCAGCGAUCGAGUGGGACGAUAAAGAUCAGGAAAUAUUUGUUGUACCGCCCCGGAGCCAACACAAUACCAUGGUAACGCCCCUUACUUUUGGCCAUAAGAUGGCCGUUCCUGGGACUCUGGUUCCACGUCGCGUUGACCGACAAGACGUUCAGCAACCAGCGGAUCAUGCUGAAAGGGAUGGUGGCUCCUUUGAGUUAACCCAGGGAUUACACCUUGCCUCGCAGGCGCGCGCCCAAUCAACAUGGCAAGAACGAUUCCGUUCGUCGGCUUCUGACCAUUCAUCGGUACAUCCCAUGUAUACGGCUCAUCCGGCAAAGUAUGGUCCCAAGCCAGUGGGAAGUCAGAUUUCCAAGGUGUAUGAGCAUCGUCGGAUUCUCUUACCUUGCGAGUUCAGAAAAUUUUCUGGCUGCCAAAAACAAUUUGACCUCCACGAUAAAGACUCGUGGAUCGAUCAUAUAAUCGACGAGCAUCUACACGGGCGCUGUCCCCGCGUCAGCAUUUGCUGGUUCUGCGAUGAAAGUGUCUUUAGGUCCGGUUCAAAUCAAAAAGACGAGAAACUAGAAUCUUUUCGUCAGAGAAUGUAUCAUACUGCUACUCACUUCAAGGAAGGAAUGACGGCUGCGGACAUCCGGCCAGACUUUUACUUUCUUGACCAUUUACGUGAGAAUAAUUUAAUCGACGAAUCGACCUUCAGAAGCGCAAAGAAGCUAGGAGAGCUUCCAGGAGGAUACUCUACGCGACCGCCCGGAGGCAAUGAAACACAAAGUGAAGUGGUUGUGGAGAGUUCAAGGUCAUGGUGCAGGCGUCAAUCGAGAGAUUGUCAGCCCGGCUCGUCAACCAAACCAAAUUCAACUUGA